GAUCGUACCUCGGGCCACGUCCCGCUGUCCCGAGGACUUUCGGACGCGGCCAUGGGCGGCGUCGGGGAGCCUGGCGGGGGCCGGGGGCCGCGGGAGGGGCCCGCGCAGCUGGGGGCACAGCUGCCCAUCUUCCGCUGGGAGCAGAUCCGCCCGCACGACCUGCCGGGCGACAAGUGGCUGGUCAUCGAGCGCCGCGUCUACGACAUUAGCCGCUGGGCACAGCGGCACCCAGGGGGCAGCCGCCUCAUCGGCCACCACGGCGCGGAGGACGCCACGGAUGCCUUCCACGCCUUCCACCAGGAUCUCAGUUUCGUGCGCAAGUUCCUAAAGCCCCUGCUGAUUGGAGAGCUGGCACCAGAGGAGCCCAGCCAGGAUGGAGCUCAAAAUGCCCAGCUGAUUGAGGACUUCCGAGCCCUGCGCCAGGCAGCCGAGGACAUGAAGCUGUUUGAGGCUGACCCCAUCUUUUUUGCUCUCCUUCUGGGCCACAUCCUGGCAAUGGAGGUGGUGGCCUGGCUCAUUGUCUACCUCCUGGGCACUGGCUGGGUACCCAGCAUCUUCGCAGCCCUCAUCUUGGCUAUCUCCCAGGCGCAAUCCUGGUGUCUACAGCAUGACCUCGGCCAUUCCUCUAUCUUCACAAAGUCCCGGUGGAACCAUGUGGCCCAGCAGUUUGUGAUGGGACAACUGAAGGGUUUCUCCGCCCACUGGUGGAACUUCCGCCACUUCCAACACCAUGCCAAGCCCAACAUCUUCCACAAGGACCCAGACGUGACUGUAGCGCCUGUCUUCCUCCUGGGGGAGUCAUCUGUAGAGUACGGCAAGAAGAAACGCAGAUACCUGCCCUACAACCACCAGCACCUGUACUUCUUCUUGAUUGGCCCCCCGCUGCUCACCCUAGUGAACUUUGAAGUAGAAAACCUGGCGUACAUGCUCGUGUGCUUGCAGUGGACGGACCUGCUCUGGGCCGCCAGCUUCUACUCUCGCUUCUUCUUGUCCUACAUCCCCUUUUACGGAGUCACCGGGGCCCUGCUCCUCUUUGUCGCUGUCAGGGUCCUGGAGAGCCACUGGUUUGUGUGGAUCACACAGAUGAACCACAUCCCCAAGGAGAUCGGUCAUGAGAAGCACCGGGACUGGGCCAGCUCUCAGCUGGCAGCCACCUGUAAUGUGAAGCCCUCUCUCUUUGUGGACUGGUUCAGCGGCCACCUCAACUUCCAGAUCGAACACCACCUCUUUCCCACGAUGCCAAGGCACAACUACAGCAAGGUGGCCCCACUGGUCAAGGCGCUGUGUGCCAAACACGGCCUGCACUAUGAGGUGAAGCCCUUCCUCACGGCCCUGGUGGACAUUGUUGGGUCCCUGAAGAAGUCUGGUGAUAUCUGGCUGGAUGCGUAUCUCCAUCAGUGAAGGCACCCUCACAGGUGGCGAAGGGGUGAGGGCCCAGGAACCACCAAGCCACCUUGGCAGGAUCGACAGUCCCCUUCACCUCCUGUUGGAACACCCUGCCUGCCUAGCUUACCUCAGCCCUCGCUAUCUGUUCAGGAACCCUAUGGUCCUGGCACAUGGCCAACAGGACCAGGGGUGGAGGGAGUGUACUCAUAACACAGUGAGCAUAGCAUGUUUUCCUAGAGCAAGGAUUGGGGGAAAACUGUUAUUUUUAUAUAAAAACCAACCCAGACACAAGGAGCUGAGUGUUAAAUUUGCAUAAAAUCAGUUGCUGGGGCCAUCAGGGAAUAAAGACCAAGUUCCCAUCCACCCUGGGCAUCGUGCACAGGUCAGAGGCAGCAGCUUGCAUCCUGAAGGUUGUUCCUUUCCUGCUCGUGCUCACCAGCGCCCUGGGGUGAGUCAUACUCUGAAGGGCCAUGUCUUCAGGUGCCUCUGGGCCGUGGGAUGAGAAAGCCUCUGUGUUUGCAUUAACCUCCAGCCCUCCGUGCCAUGGGGCCUCAGAUGUGGAGCCCUUUGGAGAACCUGUGCCACACUAGGCCUGAUCUGGAUAGUGGCAAUAAAACUGUCUAGAAGAA